AUGUAUCGACAUACCGUCAUUGCUCUGGCGAAGGUUUACGGUGCGGCGUCUCACUCCUAUACCGAUCCAGGGAAGCAACCGCACCGCCAGCUGCACGGGCGGCGGGAGCGGCAGGGUAGUCUCUUCGCCGUCGCCAACGAUGUGAGGAACGACGAGAAGCAGCUCCGCCAGCAACUCAACGCUCUGCUGGAGGAAGAGAGGCUCCCACUGCGCGCACGCCUGCAGCGCACCAGCAGCAGCAGCGGCGGUGUUGAGGCCCUACCGCAGCGGCGUCUCGUUGACUUGCCGGGCGUGGAGCGCCGCCGUGAUCUCCCGGCAGACCCCAUCACACGGCUUUUCUUUCAGCACAAGGGUGACCACGCACUCUACUACGGCACGUACGACUGCCCCAGCCGACAGGAUGAGGACCGUGUGCAGAUUGAGAAACGCGAACCGCGUGAUUGGACUCAUAACGUCUUCACGCCAGUGUAUGACUUCUGCCACCGCAUCCGCGAGGCGACUGAACAGCGGAAGCGAUUUGUCAUUGUGCCGUCCACCCUUGAGACACGGGGUUGUGCGCGCGUGAUGCACGACCACGGGCUCGUUGCGGGAUUCCGUGACUUCCACAACGAUCGCGCCUUCGCGGUGGAGCUGAAGUACUUCCAGGGCGAGUCCACUAUUAAUGUCAUUGAGCCGUGCGCCUACGACGGCAAGACGGAGUUCGAGUGGAGCCCGAAAAUGAUGCGGCGGCUAAUGAAUACUCACGGCAUCCAUAACCGCCUUGUUGUUUACAUCUGCAGAACGGCAGACAGCCGUGUGAUUGAUCACAUCCAGGCAGUUAAGGAGCAUGUUGGUGGAAGAGGACUGAUUAUGGUUCACUAG